AUGGUCAGGAUCUCGGUACUGAACGACGCCCUUGUGAGCAUUGUGAAUGCUGAGCGUCGCGGAAAGCGCCAGGUUCUUAUCCGCCCAUCGUCCAAGGUUGUGGUGAAGUUCCUGAGCGUUAUGCAGAAGCAUGGCUAUAUCGGAGACUUCGAGAUCAUUGAUGACCACCGCGCUGGUAAGAUUGUUGUUCAGCUCAUCGGCCGCAUCAACAAGUGCGGUGUGAUUUCCCCUCGCUACCCUGUGCCCCUGACGGAGAUGGAGCGCUGGGUUUCAGCCAUGCUUCCUGCUCGUUCUUUCGGUUUCGUGGUUCUCACGACGUCAUCGGGCAUUAUGGACCAUGAAGAGGCGCAUCGGAAACACGUCGCUGGCAAGAUCCUCGGCUACUUCUACUAA